AUGCUUGGUUUGAAGUCUCAGAAAAUUGAUUGUUGUGUGAAUGGGUGCAUGUUGUACUACAAAGAUACGAUUGCAGAUCGAGAGUGUAGGUUUUGCCAUGAACCACGAUAUGCUCCUCGUAAGCCUGGGAUGGGUAAUUACAAUGACGUUCCGGUUAAGAGAAUGCACUACUUACCAAUCACUCCAAGGUUAAAAAGAUUGUAUGCCUCAAUAGAAACUGCAAAAGAUAUGAUAUGGCAUCAUCAUAAUAAUUCAAGUUCAUGUGUUUUACGUCAUCCAUCUGAUGGUAAAUCUUGGAAGAAUUUUGAUGAGAUACAUCCGGACUUUGCGAAUGAACCAAGAAAUGUGAGGCUAGGUUUAUGUUCUGAUGGUUUUACACCAUACAUUCAGGCAUCUUCAUCCCCAUAUUCUUGUUGGCAUGUGAUUGUGACACCAUAUAAUCUCCCCCCUGAAUUGUGCAUGACUAAACCAUUUAUGUUUUUAACAUGCCUCAUACCAGGACCACAUAAUCCAAAAGCUCACAUUGAUGUGUACUUACAACCAUUAAUAGACGAGCUUCAGAACUUGUGGAAUCAAGGGGUUUUGACUUAUGAUAUCCCCACUCAACAAAACUUUGUAAUGAAGGCAGCAUUAAUGUGGAUAAUUAAUGACUUUCCAGCUUACGGUAUGUUAUCAGGGUGGAGUACUCAAGGCAAGUUGGCAUGUCCAGUGUGUAUGGAUGGAAAUAAGGCUUUUACACUGGAAUAUGGUGGAAAAAAUUCGUGGUUUAAUUGUCACCGUAGGUUCUUACCACGUAAUCAUGCCUUUCGAAGAAGUAAGAAAAGGUUCACAAAAAAUAAAGUUGUGAAGGAAGAGCCACCUUCUAUAUUGACAGGAGAAGAAAUAUAUCGUUGGGUUCGUGAUCUUUGGGAACUUGUAGACAAUCGAGUUUCUAAAUUAAAAGGAUAUGGAGAAAGCCAUAAUUGGUCUAAACUAAGCAUAUUUUGGGAUCUUCCAUAUUGGAAAGACAAUUUAUUAAGGCACAAUCUAGACGUGAUGCACAUUGAGAAAAAUUUCUUCGAUAAUGUGUUUAAUACAGUCAUGAAUAUUAAGAACAAGACAAAGGACAAUGAAAAAGCUAGAAUGGACUUGGCCAUCAUUUGUUAA